CCCUCUCUUUUCCCCCCUCUUCUCUCUGCUUCUUCCAAGACAUUCCACAUAUGGGCUAACUUGGCUCCACAGCAGCUAUACCUCUGGUCUCAAAUGAUAACAAAGACCAGAGUUUGUUAGAGUAUCACCGGCUGGCUCGGUCCGCCACUGCUUUUUCAUUUGACUGGAUAGACUUUAUGACAGCUACUGCUGCUUUGGGAUCUCAAGCAUCCAGGAAAUAAAAACUACCCUGAGAGUGUGACUUUAAAAUGAGCUUGAUUGUUAUUUGGAAACGCUCAUGAGGAAGCAGGCGAUCCAGGGACACGGGGGCAUCACUCUGCUUCUUCCAUACCUCAAACUCUCUGUGUGAUGUCUGAGGGAGACAUUACAGUGCUGCCUUUUGGACCUUCAUCCCUGGACCUGUCCAAGCAGGAACCCCGGACACUGACCAAGCUGUACAGUAUGAACGGGGGCUAUCACCUCAGGAUUUUAUCAGACGGAACUGUGAAUGGUGGGAGGCAAGAAGAUGACCCCUAUGACAUCCUGAGGCUGAAGGCCGUGAGUGCAGGAGUGGUGGUCAUCAAAGGCGAGACCACAGGAAGGUACCUGGCCAUGAACAAAAAUGGACGCCUCUAUGGAGCACAAGCAGUGAAUGAUGAGUGUUACUUCCUGGAGAAGUAUGAAGAGAACCACCACAACACAUAUCGCUCUCAGAAGUACAGCUGGUAUGUCGCCUUGAAGAGGAAUGGCCAGCCGAAAGCAGGACCAGACACCCACCAGGGUCAAAAGGCCAUCUUUUUCCUGCCAAGGCCUGCAGGCAACAUGUAAUCAAGAUGUCAGCAGGCACUGUACAUUCACUAAAGUUUUUCUUAAUGCACACUAUUAGUGGAAAAUUAUGCUUGACAAACUAUCAUGGGGUCACUUAAAAUUGGUUAUUUCUGGUAAAGCCUGAGGCAAAGACAGGCAACUAUUGUUUGGCUGUUUUUUUUUAAGUGCUAUCUUGAUCUUAAUGGGCUGAAUGCAUCUUUUUAUACUAGGAAUCUGACUAAACAGUUUAUUCAUGAGCAUCAUAUGGAUAACAAUCUUAAAAUGUCUUAUAUAAUUAGUCUGAAAUAACAGAUUAAAUACUUGUAUUCUUUGUUUUGUGUUAAAUAUGUGUGUAAAUAGGUGUGUGUUUAUGUGGGCCUAUCACAGCUGCCACAGGGCGAGAGGCGGGGUACACCCUGGACGGGUCUGUAACAGACAUUUUCAAAAUAAUUUAUGCUUACAGCGAAGGCGUAAAAAGGUUGAUCACCUUUUCACAAAGUAAUACAUAUUGUAUUCAGUCUAUUUAAUUCUAAUAAAUAAACCUAUGUUAUUAUACGUGAAUAAAUAAAUACUAUCUUUGAUUUGCUCUAUUUAUGAUAGUUAUUGUAGCUGUGAUUUACAAAAGUUUCAAGAAAGUGUAAAAACACAUUUUUAACAUUCAUGUAUCUCAUGUUCAGUAAUUUUGUAUUCAGUCUGUUUCUAAUCUAAUCUCUGUCUCUGCCAUCCAAUGUGAA